AUGUCACAGGAGGAUGGCAACAAGGAAAGUGGAACAAAUGAAUGUCCGGUUUGUUAUGAGAAACUUCAAGCCCCAACUAUUUCUGAGAGAAGGCUGAGUUGUGGCCAUUCAUUCUGCCAUGACUGUCUGGUGAAGUAUCUCAUGACUGCCAAAAAGGAGGGUUCAAUAAAAAAGAAUAUUAUCUGUCCUCUGUGCCGUUAUGUGACAUUUCUCAGCAAGAGGGGACUUAUUUUGCCUCCCAAGCAUGGAGAACUCCAUCAGAUCUUGGAGGUUCCAAUCUCGCCAUCAUGCAUAAGGCAUUCUUCUGAUCUGGGUUCAAUGAACACAUUAGUUAUUCCAAACACUGAAGAUGCAGAGUCAGGUGGCCCCCCUGAUCACCAAAGAUGCAGUUGCCAGUUUGACUCUAACCUUGAUGCAAUCAACCACACUUGUGGAUCGCAAAUCUUUGUUAUCAGCGACCAAGGGCAACCACUGGAAAGCGUUGAGGUGGUCACCACACAAACACAUCAUGUAGAUGCCCGAGUCAACUGUUGCCGUUCCCCAUCGUUGAUACUGAUCCUACUGUUGAUAUUUCUUGUUGCAGUCUUAGCAGCAGUUCUUCCAUGGAUAUUAUUGGUCAAAAGAACUUAA